AUGGAGUGCACGGUGUGCAAUGAAAUGUUCCAGAGCCGGCGUGCAUGGGCAGCGCACAAACGGCGCAGUAAGCGGCAUCGCUUCCUCCUGUACGCCUCACGGCGAAAAGGUGCGCAAAGUGAAAACAACGGGCAAAGUAGCAGCAACGCAGCAGCUGAGACGAGCACAACAACUAGCAAGCAGCAGCAACACCACGACGAUGAACAGCAGCGCGCUGCACUUGAUCACCAGCAACAACAACAAAAGCGGCAGCAGCUACACCAAUCCAGCGUGGCAGACGACAGCAGUGCCAGCGAUGAGACAGUGACUGACGGCCACCACAACGAAGAAGAUAGCUGCGGUGACACCAAACAUCCCGGUGAUUGCAGCCAACAGCAGCAUGGCCGAUGCUCCAAGCCAUCGUCAAGCGCGGGCAUCAUUGUGUGCACGCUGUGCGAUGAGGUGUUCAAGAACAAGCGCGCGUGGGCGGCUCACAAGCGACGGAGCAAGCAGCAUCGGCAGCUCUUGUACGCAUCACGCCGAUCGGGCACACAGGCGCGAUCCACCGAGGAGAGUGGCGUCAUCAGCAGAACCGAGACCAACGCAGCAGAAGCUGAACAUGCAAAGGCACAGUCACAGCAACACCCUGAGGCAGAGGAGAAGUACCAUGAGCAGACACGGUUGUUGGUGUCAAGUGAAAGCCAAGCACAGGAGCACGAAGACAUGGCACAGAAAAAGGAUGAGGAUUCAGGACCCACUCUUGUCGAGAAUGACUUUGACACAUGCAACGCGCCACCAGCAACAGCGACACCAAAGGCAAACGAAGAAACAGUAACAGAAACUGCAACAGAAACAGAAACAGCAACUGCAUCAGCGUUUUUGGGUGAUGGGACGGUUCAGCAACACAAGCGUGCCAAGAUCGACAGCGAAGCAAACCAGCAACAAGAAUGUCAAGUGCAGCAGCAUCAAGCAAGACAAAAAGCUGAGCACGACCAACAGCAACAGCAACAGCAACAGCAACGGCAACAAAUGCAGCCAGCAGUGCCAGACAACAACGAGCGGGAGCCAGAUCUGCUGUGUGACAUGUUUGAUGACCCACCACCUGGUUGUGGGCGCACGCUGUUCUCGCUGCUGUCAGACCAAGAGAACGACAAAGAGGAGGAAGCGUUUGAAUCGUGGCUCACAGGCACGGAUUUAUUCUGCUGA